AUGGACGACGGCAGUAAUUUUGGACCUUUAAAUAAGAUUAUUACUGAUAUUAAUAAUGAAAAUAAUAACUCGGAACGCCUCGUUAAAAAAGAUAAAUGCGAUAAGCAAAAGAACAAUACUGAAAACAGUUUUAAUAAUGAAUUUUUUCAGUUUGAAAAUGUUGAUUUUAGUAACCUAAUUCUCCCUAUUAACGAGUUACUUCCUUUAGGAAACGAUAAAAAUUCUUUAUUAACUUUUCUACCCAAUUCGAACUUUAAUGUAAACUACACCGGCGUUACAGGAACUUCAAAUUUAAAUGUUGUGGAGAACAGAAUUUAUAAUAUAAAUUCCAACACAAAAAAUCUAGAGACCUAUGUUGGCACUACAACCGAGAGUACAAACGAAAAACCCCAUUUAAAUAAAACCAAGAACUUAAAAAAUAUAAAAAAUUAUGAUAAUUAUAAGAACUACUAUUCUACUGAGAUUAACACAAGUAAACCACCUAAUUAUAACCAAAAUAAUAAUCUUACUUAUGGUGGCCAGACUGCUGUAGUUACUAACCAAAAUCAACUCACCUACUUACCACCGAAUGUUUACCAGGAAAAAAACGGGACUUUUGGCUAUGCUUAUCUUGGAAAAGAAGAUAGGCAGCCUACCAUGCCCAUCAAAGAAAAAUUACUCUAUAACGAAAUUUAUAGACUACCAGAAAGUACUAUGUAUAAAUCUGCUUCUCAAAUAAAACAGCAAAACUCGUAUUAUAACACGGCUACAAUUUCAAAACCAUUUUUAUCAACCCAUUAUAAUUUUUCUAACGGAAAGCCAUUUUUGCAAGAGGUAAACCGAAAUAUGGCGUUUUUACCUUCCCCUAUUUUGAGCUAUAAAACAUUAAUAGAUUUACCUUCAGCAUUUUUAGAUAAUGAAGUAAAUAAAAAAACUUUUACUGAGAACGGUGCCUUUUAUAAAGGGAAAUGCAAUGAUAGAGCGACUAAAAAAAAAACUAAGGUUAGUAAUGAAAAGAAUAAGAAGGCCAAAAUUAACAAAAAAGUUAUCAAGAAAUCUCAUAAAGGUAUUACAAAAAUUUCGGAGUUCCACAGUUCGGAAGAGUUAACAAUAGAGGAAUUGCGCAAACUUACCUGGAGCAAUAUACCGAAGUAUCGCAAGUACUUUCAAAAGUUUUCUGAAGAGGAGAACGCCAACUAUAGAAGGUAUUAUAACCCUAAGUAUUGCCAUAAUGCAUCUUCUUCUGAGACAUUCGAUAAACAGUUGUUUAACUCUAAUGUUAACUUUAAAAAAAAGCAAAAUAUUUUAAAUAAAUGGCUAAUAACUCAUGCUGAUAACCCCUAUCCUUGUGCAAAAGAGAAGAUAAUUUUAGCACAGCUAACAAGUUCGACUGUAAACCAGAUUACACAUUGGUUUGUUAAUUCUCGAAGACGCAAACGGGAUCUUUUGGAAGCUAUUAGAAAAAAGAAAUAA